AUGAAUCCCAUCAUCUUCGAUGAUGUAGCCAAUUCUAUAUUCAAGCUGCGGAUGUAUCCGUAUUUUGAUAUCGCUAAUUACAUUUUGAUGAGUAUAUCCGUAAAAGAAGAUACUCCUCAAUCUGGCUCUGUAAGUUUCUCGAGACGUCAUCCAUUUUCGUGCUGGUUAGCUACUAUGCUUAUGUGUUUUGGAGGGGCCAUCCUUUCUAAUUUCAUCACAGGAUCACCUCUGUUCGAAUGUUUUGAUGACACAAUCUCCGUUUUAACGGCUACUGUUGUAUGGUAUCUCAUAAAUUAUUUCCCAUUUGAUCUUCUGUAUCGGUUUUGCAAAAUACUACCUGUUCGACUACUGGUGUGCUCAUUAAAGGAGGUUCAGAGAGCGAAAAAGAUUUUUAUUGGUGUACAUCAUGGUCUUCAUCUGUUCCCAAACUCGCCUGUGAUGUGUGUUCUCCUAGGUCUUUUGAAGGGUGUUGGUAGUCUAUAUAUGCGUCCUGUUUCGAAUUAUGUUUUGGGUAUCUGGGAUCGGAAAAACAAUCCAUUUAUAAUUGUCAACUUCACUACAAAAAUUUCGUUACUUGCCGCUAUUGCAUAUUAUUGUCACCAUUUGGAUAUAAUACCGUUACCGGAAAAUCAAUUAUUCCUAGUUAUAAUGACUUUGUUUGUUUACCUCAGAAUUACUAUGAUUCUACUGGGCUUAAAAGAUCCAUUUGUACCGUUUGAGAAUGCUGUUUGUAAGCUGUUGUUUGGUGGUACUGUCGACGCUAUUCGUAGUGCUUUUGAACGUAGUCGUAGCAAGGCAUCUGAAGCUAUGCCUUCAAAUUUGUCAAAUGUUAGUGGAACAACCUCUUCAUCAACUGCCAAUAUGACUGGGAAUGCAAAUUUCUCUUCAACUAGUACGGGGACAGGACAAAGCAGUCAAGGUUUACCUAAUAGUAAUGCAAACAGUUUCAAUUCAAGUGGUCUACGUGACGCUGCCAAUCGUCAAACACCAUCUUCAGGUGAUAAAAAACGUGACUAG